CGGUUUCUGGUGACUUUUCUCAAUUUCAGACAAAACCUGCUGGCCGCCAAAAUGUCUAUAGGUUGACCUGUUUCACCGAUAUUUAUUGAAAUUGUUUAUGAAUUAGGGCCUCAUGGGGUCCCAAUACCUCCUGGGCCCCCUGCACGACUUUACUUCUGAUCUAGUUACGUACCUACUGCAUGAGAACGAGCUACGACUCUCAGUAAUCCCUGUGCCCUAUAAACACUCGGAAAAAAAGAGAAAUCACUGAUUCGUUCUGAAAUAAUAGCGGGCCCUUUAAGGCGGAAACCGCGGGAGAACAGGUUUGGCAAUCAAGUAGAUGGGGCGGAAGUUGCCAUAAAAAGUGCCUGUGGCCGAGCUGUAGCGUAGGAGCUGCACUGAGGACUGUUGCGCUUAGUGAACUUGAACGUGAGAGGUGCAUUCUGGGAUUGCUGAGCUGCGGGGAAUUGCGAGCUUUUUUGAGUAAUCAUGCCCAGCUACAAGCUUAUCUAUUUUAAUCUUGAAGGAAGAGGAGAGAUCCUUCGCUACUUAUUUUCUUAUUCAAACAUUGACUUUGAAGACCGCAGAGUUGAAUUUGCUGACUGGCCUGCACUUAAACCUACAAUUCCUUACGGCCAGCUUCCAGUUGUAGAAAUUGAUGGGGUCAUCUAUAACCAGAGCCUUGCUAUUGGACGCUACUUGGCUAAAAAAGCAGGACUGACUGGAAAAAGUGACUUGGAUGAAAUCCGUGUUGAUGCCUUAAUAGAUACCAUUGAUGACUUCUUCUCAAAGUUCCCUUGGAUGGACACUGAAAAAGCCAAAAAGGAAUUCAUGGAGAAGUCUAGUCCACAGUUGCUGGCUUACUUGGAAAAAACUCUAGGCAAUAACCCUUGGUUUGUUGGUGACUCUGCAACCUGGGCUGACUUUUUCUGGGACACCUGUGCUGAUAGUUUUGAAAGCUAUGUACCCGGCUUUGCCAAAGACUAUCCAAAGCUGCUGGCUCUGAAGGAAAGAGUUAAAGCCAUUCCCACCAUUGCUGCAUGGAUUAAGAAGAGACCCAAAAAAUCCCAGUAAAACAUUGAAUGACAAAUCACAGUAAAGCAUUUCUUUCCUUUUCGCACGUAGGAAUAACAAUGUAGUCUGUGCAAGCCAUAGUUUACUAGCUGAUCAAGAGCAAUGCUUCUACUGCAAAUCUCUCCUCAAUAAAGACUUUCUUCAGGAAAA